AUGGCCAGGGGGCAGCCCGGCGGGUGACACAGGGCCAGGAUGCUGGCCUGCCCGUUGUGGAGAGCGACCAGCAGGGCGCUGUUCGCUGAGUUCCUGGCCACGGGGCGGGGCUAUGUGUUCUUCGGCGUGGGCUCAGCCCUGCCCUGGCCCUCGGCGCUUCCCACCGUGCUGCAGAUCGCCAUCACCUUCAACCUGGCCACGACUGUGGCUGCGCAGAUCACCUGGAAGACCAGCGGGGGCCACAUCAACCCCGCCGUGACUCUCGCCUUCCUCGUGGGCUCCCAAAUCUCCCUGCCCCGUGCUGUGGCUUAUGUGGCUGCCCAGCUGGCCGGGGCCACUGUGGGGGCUGCUCUGCUUUAUGGGGUCAUCCCAGGAGACAUCCAAGAGACCCUCGGGGUUAACAUGGUAGUCCGGAGCAGCGUCUCGACGGGCCUGGCUGUGGCAGUGGAGCUGGUUCUCACCCUGCAGCUGGUGCUCUGUGUUUUCGUUUCCACCAAUAGCCGCCAGGCAUCGGGCUCCCCGGCCACCAUGAUGGGGAUCUCUCUGGCACUGGGCCACCUCAUUGGGGUCUACUUCACCGGCUGCUCCAUGAACCUGGCCCGCUCCUUUGGCCCCGCCAUCAUCGUUGGGAAGUUCGAGGUCCACCACUGGAUCUUCUGGGUGGGACCCCUGACAGGAGCUGUCCUGGCUUCGCUCAUCUACAACUUUAUCCUGUUCCCUGACACCAAGACCAUGGCCCAGCAACUGGCCAUCCUCAUGGGAACUGAAGAAAUGGAGAAAGUGGCAGAAAAGGAGCCCAAGAAGAGAGAAUACCAGUCCAGUUCAGGGGAUACUAAAACGGGGAACAUGUGUCAGAUGGUAUAGAACUUGGCCCUCACCUUUGGGCUUCUGAGAGGAGCCCUUUAGGUGUGCAUAUGUGUGGACACAACAGACCGACUACCUCUUCUUGGAGAGCACUGGGCCCUGGGGUGGAUGAGGAAGAAAGCUGAGCAGCCCUCAGAAAGCCCUGGCACAGAGCAGGCUGCUGAAGAGAGAUCACUCGACGACUUCUUACUCAAAGCCAGAUGGUGAACAUGAGACAGGCUUUUUGUGCCAGUGGCCGAAACCCGAGUCACGAUCAAGACUAUCAUCGAAGCACAUGGAUCCAGACCCUACUGUAUGAACUGUGCCUGCCUUGCUUCUCCGACCUGGACUCUGUAACAGCCCCUUUCUUGUGCCUUGUGGAGCCUCAGAAAAGGCCAGCUCAGGAUGACUUACGGAGUUCAUUUCCUUCACUGAGAAUCUCCACCCGGCGUGCAAGCUGCUCAAACAGAUUCCGCAAAUUCAGCAUCGUCGUAUCCAUCUUUCUGCCAAGAAAUCAAAUAUACAUUAGGG